AGCAAGGUGCAGCUGCGUUCACCUGCCCGCCGAGCCACACAGGUGUGCCACAGGCACGCACCGCGCCUGGCUGAACAACGCCACAACGCCCGCCCGGCGAUAUUUAACCGAGCGACGUCGCCGCGCUGGUGGUGUCGACGCCCGAUGGAAUGCGCAUUACGCACUCCGACGACUUGAGAGGCCGGUCGCACGAGUGUCGCCGGCGAGCUCGGAGUCUUGCCCCGAGCCGCAGGGAGAGGCGGAGGCAUGUUCCACCGUUCCGCGACGCACCUCACGCUCAUCGUUUCCUGAUUGCGCUCCUGGUUCUCGCGAGCUCGCACGCUCCGUGCCCCCCCGUCGCUUCCCGCGACACCGCAGAGCUCCGAGUGAACCCCGCCGUAAAGUCGGACGGGACCCUCUGCUCGUCGCCUGACCGGCUGAGUGACUGACAGCGGGCAAAGAUGACGUCCGAAUCGCAGAACAUUUACAUGCAGCCCAUCUCGGCCACGCUGCCGCUGGGCUCCAAGGUGUUCUGGAGGCUGAGUGGAAGCAUCAUCAUAGCAGAGGUGACGCUGGGAGCCCUCGUGUGGAUCCUGGUGGCGGCCACGGGGAUGACGCACAACCUCCACCAGGGCUGGGUGAUGUUCGUCGCCGUCACUUUCUGCUUCUGCUCCAUCGUGCAGUUCUUCCUCUACGGAACGAGCGUGCCCGAGUCCCUCGAUCUGCCCUGGCUGCUCAUGGAGUGUGUCUACAACAUCCUUGCUUUCUCCAUGUACCUGAGCGCCGCCGUGCUACUGGCGAACCUCUGCGUCCUGCUGGGCAAACAGGACAUGCUCGUCAUCAUGGACAACUACAUAUACGGGCUGAGCGUAGCGGCCGUGUUGUUCGCCCACAUCGUCACGCUCCUCUACGGCAUCAGCGCCGUCAUCAGCAUCCGCCGGCUGCGCUUCAACUGAAGGAGCAGCCGCGCUCCUCUGAGCGUCCUUCACUCGCUCGCUACGGAACCCCCCUGCCAUGCCCACCACGCCCGCCCGCUCUCUCUUGCCAGCCGUCGGUCUUCAUUUGUACGAGGGAAUUCGUGACGGGAAUGUCCCUUCGGCCAAGUGGGGUUUGUUUUGUUUGUUUGAGACAACGGCGACUCUUUGAUUGGACGGAAACCCGAACCCCCACGACUGCUGUAUGAUGCCCCCCCCCCCCCGACUCUGUUGUCCUUCCCCCGCACCUGCGAUUAGCGCGGAUGGCUACGUACGGUGCGAAAGAAGUUGAACGCACGUGCGUGCCGCCCAGCGCUGACCGUAGCGAGACCGUGACGAGACGGCGUGAGCCGAGUCUGUGUGAAGACGCAGACUCGGGUCGCUCGGUCACGUCACGGGAGAGCGCAGGGCACCGCGGGAGACCACGCGUGGUAAUUGGCUGCACGUUUACAUUUCUUAUUUGCUGGGCUCACUACUCAGCUCACAGCUGACCGUCUUCAGGGUGGAGUGGUGGGGUGGUUUGCGUACCCCUCUGACCAGCUCGUCGGCUCAGAGAUUGACUGAAUUUAGUCCGCAGGCAAGGCCAAAGCGCAGAUCCCAGGUUGUCGCAGACGAGGUGAAGAUUGUGAUCAAAAUAAAAUUAAUAUAAACGCCGACCGCACGAGGGUGGCGAGCGAGCGAGCGGUGGGGGCGCAGCAGGGGGUGGGGUGGGGGUCCGUGCACCCCCCCCCGGCCCCCUGCCCGCGCCAGGCGUAGCGUCGCCGUUUCAUCAAUCUAUGGAUUUAGCGCAGCGCGGCCUCGACAUCGGCGCUAAUGCCGGGGGGGAGUCACCGCGGUCUCAUCCCCUACCUCGAGGGGUGGACGAGGCCCCGCAGCAUCUCGCUCACGACAGCGCUCUCCAAUAAACCCCUUCCGCUGUUCCCACAAAGACCGAUUUAGCCCAUAUCCAGCUUUAUUUUGCAUUGUAUAUGAUACGAAAAAUAUAUUAUAAAACAAAUUUUACGCGUCUAAAAGUCGGAGAAAAAAAACCCCAUCAGCGAAACAACUCAAGUUCGUAAACCAAUUCCAGAACCAGAACCCACAACCCCCAUGGCGACGUCUAUCGUUGCUUCUGCGCAGUACGGAACUCGAGCGGACCUGUGCAGCACGUGGUCUUGCCCGGCGGCUGUUCCACUUUGGAGCUUUGGGACAGCGAUUUCCAUCUUUUCCCAUUUAAGUUUGUAACCGUCUAUACGAGCUCGUUAUAAUGUGGACUCACGGGAUACCCCCCCCCCCCCCCCACCACGCUUUGUCGACGGUCACGCUGUGUCGUUGAUGGGCAGAAUAUACAGCGAGUCAAGCAAUGCCAUGGAUAAUCUUAGUUGAAGUAUUUUGUUUGUUCGCGAUUGCAAUUAGUGUAAUCUUGGGGUAAUUAUCACGGGGGUCACGGUGAGAACGGAAAUCGUGAAUUAUUUAAACUCCGUGAAAUAUUUUAAAUAAAUAAAUUGGGGGAACGGCGGUGGGGGAGGGGCACUUUGGGUGACCGUUUUACUCGCGACUCACAACCACCACGCCAAGUUCACAUCCCGGGUCGUGAGCUCGUGCUGCUGCCAAGAUGUUGCCGUCGCUCUGAACCGAAAAGGCACCGCGUGUGAUCGCGCCCGAUGCUGGCGCGAUAGGAAUCUGUACAGCUGCAAAUGAAAUGUCCGCUUUGUCUGCUUUAAUAGGCAUGUUUAUUGCUGUAGUAGCCUCGCUCGAGUUACGCAAAAAAAACUAUAAUCAGUAAAUGUAUUUUUAUGGGAUAAAUGAAUGCAAUUCGUAGCCUAAUGUAAACCGUAUGGCGACAUCACAUUGCAGUGAGACCGCAUUCAAAUAUGGGACAUUAAAUCAAAAUCAGUCCACGUAUGACCGUCACACAAGUUAACGUAAUAAAGAAAU